ACAUACCGGAGCCAAUUCAGAAAGUUGAAGUUCGUGCAUCCAAAAAAAAAAAGUUCAAGAACCUUUUGCCUUUGGCAACAUCUCCAUCACGAAGAAAAAAUCUUCAAUAUAGCACUUUUGACAUUGCAAGAAAAUUAUAUGGUGGUGAUAUAUCGAAAGCGAUGGAAUUUUGGGCUGAUAAUGAGCAUAAAGGUCAAAUAUUGACCGACGAACACGAUAAUACCGAUAUUCAGGCUCCUCCAUCUGUAGAGCUAUUUUUUGGGGAAGGAAAUAAAUCACGAAAGAUAAUUGAGCAAGAAAGAAUUACUAUGGGUUUAGGGGGAUUGGAGGCCAGUCCUACUUUUCCAUUGCAAAUGUGGUCUAAUAAUUUUGCUGAAUUGAUUAAAAGUUAUGAAAAUAAUGACGAAUUUGCCAAUAAAGAUUGGAUACUUCUUGCCCUUAGUCCACUUGCAAAACUUCGUCUGAUUGAUGAGGAUCCAAUUUUUUCGGAUCUAUAUUGCUUAUGGGCCAAUCAAUUAGAAAAAGAAGAGGCAUACGAGCAGGCUGCAAUUUUAGCAUUGAUGCUUGGGGAUUCAUCCGCAGACGAAAGAAUAUCGAGAUAUUUUGAAGAUCAGGAAAUAAGAAGCUCUAAAAAAAGUAACCAGGUGGAAUCAGAUAAUGUAAAACCAUUUGAAGAGUAG